UAUUUGUUUUAGAAAACUGGCUUCUGGCACUCAGAUUAGUUUAAUUUUUACGAGAUGUACAUGAAGGCAGCAUUAGCUUGGCGUGUUUUGUUUGGAGUUCCUGAGUUUGUGAAGCAUUUUGGUGUCAAAACGUAGAUAAAACCUGAAACAUUAUCAACAGUAAACUAUAAUAGACAUGUAUUUUCGAAGUAUUUUUCGGACGCAGUUGGUCGGGACCAGAGCGUGUCUGUUCAACCCUCUCCAGCGUGUUUAUCGAGCCGAGGUAGCCGCUAUAAAACCAACCCGUUUGCUUAUUAUCAUAAACAUUUUCAUUUCGUUUACUGUUGCUGAGCAUUUUCACAACACACACCCUGGUAGCAAUGUUGGUGGCUGUGGGGAAGCUUCAGUGUCCCACCACCAAGAGAGAUCACUCUGCGCUAAAAGUGAUGAGGUGAAGCUGGCAGAGGAGGCCAGCAAAAGAUACGGCUCUCCAGGUCCAACCAUCUUCUCCAAAGUGAUUGAUAAAAGCAUCCCUGCAGAUAUUAUCUAUGAAGAUGACAAGUGUUUGGCAUUCAGGGAUAUCAGUCCACAGGCCCCUGUUCACUUCCUGGUUAUUCCACGGGUCCCCAUUCCUCGAAUAAGCUAUGCUAAAGAUGAUGAUGCUGAGCUCUUGGGGCAUUUGUUGGUUGUUGCUAAAAAUGUGGCGAAGCAGGAAUCUCUUAGCGAAGGCUACAGAGUGGUGAUCAAUGAUGGAAAGCACGGAUCUCAGUCGGUCUACCACCUUCACAUCCAUGUCCUGGGAGGAAGACAGAUGGAAUGGCCGCCGGGAUAAAAGACUCGCACUGAACGGUCAAAACAUCUGGAGUCAUCCUUUCAAGAAACUGGAUUUUUCUCUAUCUGAUUAAUUAAACCAGUGGUUUGUCAGGCUUUCUUAAGUUCUUUCAUGUUGUGCUUUGACUACACAACAUGCGGAAGUAUCCCUUCUUUUAGCUAAGAGCUCCUUGAAAAUCAGGUUGUUGGAGGGAAAAACACAACUUGAUGAAAGUCAGAGCUGUUGACAUUUUAUAUAGAGGCAAUUAUACUGUUUGUCUCACAACAGUGUAAUUAAGCAAUGAGCGUAUUGAAAAGGAACGCCAUCAGUUUAUAAAUCCAGCUCUAUUUUAUUUAAAUGUGUCCAGAAUGAUUAAAGAACUUAAGUUAACAUGAGAUGACAUCUGUCUGUACAGAAGUUAGUCUUGUGACAAAAAAUGAACAUUUGAAAUGUAAAUAUGUUGAUCUAUCAGCAAGUUGGUUAACAUGGCUUUAAAUAAAGACUAAUUGUAUUUUA